AUGGCACACUUAGUCCAGUGCGAGGCGGCUUCAAGGGAUCUCUUGGCUGCAAUCGAGAGCCUCACUGCUUAUUAUGGGAAUGAGAUGGUAGACGGACUAGGUGACCGGCUGGCACCAGUAGAAGAGUCAGCAGAGGCUCGCCGUGCAAGAGAGUCGGCGUUGGCGAACCUGGCAAAGUUACAAUGGAUGCUGGCUGAACCGAAAGACUUGCUGCGGAAUUUGGUGUACCAUGACCACAGCUACUUCCAACGACGCGUGCUUGACUUUAUGAAGACGGACCAUCUAGAGAAAAUGCUCCCUCGGGUAUAUGCCGACACUCAAGCUGCCUUCCAAGGAAUGAUUACCCAACAUCCUUCGGGGGUCAUCAACCCAGUGGCACCUCUGUUUCGCCUGGUCCUGCAGCAAACUUGUCGCGUGGUUUGCACCGACGAGAUAUCAGACUGUCCUGCCCUUAUGAGCCAAUACUUGUCCUGGACACUCAUGCUCAUGCACUGCGCAAGCGGCCACACUGUAUGUCGACCUUGGCUACCGUCCAUCUCGCAUAUGAAGAGACUCUACGGCCGCUGGGGCUUGACCCGGAUUGUCAGGCCGAUUGUCCACCGCCGUAAGCAGCCGGGUUCGCCGCGUCACGAUGAUGCCCUGCAACUCCUCAUUGAUAAUGGAGACCCCGAAGAUUACAUUGUUACUUUUUUCUAUAGUAUAUUGUUCAUUGCUGUUGCAAACUCUGGCAAACUGGUCAGCGGCUUGCUAAACUUGCUUGCUAAUCAUCCUGACUGGCAGGACGUUGUCUAUAACGAGGUUAAGGCGGCCGCUGGAAAAUAUUCCUCCAGAAAAAAUGCCACUCUUGCUGAGCAGCUGGGAGAAAUUCCAGUCGAGGCCUGGGAGCAAGAAUUUCCAUUUCUAGACCUCUGUUUCCGAGAGCUGAUCCGCUUCCACGUGUCGUUUCCUAUCAUUCGCCGAAACAUGUCUGGCCACUCUCUUCCCAUCCCCGGCAGUAAAGAGGUAUACCCAGCUGGCAGCUAUGCCGUUUACAAUACCGGAGAUGCGCACUACAACAAGAACUUGUACCCAAACCCUUGGAAGAUUGAUCCUUAUCGGUGGGCAGAGAGUGGCAAAGGCCAGCACAAAACGCAGAGCUAUAGCUUUCUCGGCUGGGGCAAUGGCCGCCAUCGCUACGUGGGCCAACGCUGGGCCAGGAUUCAGCAGAACAUUAUCAUCGCCUAUGCCUUGGCCACUAAUGAAUGGGUUGGUUGCGAUGUUGAUGGUGCACCUAUUCCGCCUGUUGACCGGGAAAUUGACCUAGAAACGCAUGGAACUAGCUUGCCUAAGGACAUAUACGUUGCCUUUUCUGCUCGCAAGUAA